AGAAAAAGAAUGAUAUAAAACCGUGUAUUAGGUGAAAUAUAUAGUAGUGUGAUUUUUGAAAUCCCCUUUUUUCAUAUAUAAUGUUAUUCAAAAGCUUCUGUGAUAUUCCACAUUUUGAUCUCCCUGAAGUUCUUGACAAACAACACACGUUCAAAUUGGGAAAACCAAUGGCUAUUAACCUUGCUAGUAAAGAGGAAGGUUGGAAAUACCCUAAGGUUCCGUUGAUGAAGUUUACAAUAGUACUCAUAACACAAUGGUGAAUUCUGAGUUUCUUUCUGGUCCUUCUCUUUGGUCAAAAGCUAAAAAAACAUUAAGGGUUUUCCCAAGCUAUUCUGUAAAAGAUUUUGAAAAAACCAUCACACUGAAAGCAAAUGACCAGAAUGUAACCCUAAAGUUACUAAAAGGUUUUAAACAGCUUCGAAACCAUGGAUUUGUGCACUUAGGUCUGGUUCAAAUAGCUAUUAAGCCACUGAUAAGUGAUGUUUUAGGAGAUCCAGCUCCAGUAAUAGUGUGCCUUAGAGAUGCUAGGCUCCUUAGGUUCGACCAUUCUUUGUUAUCAGUUGUGGAAUCAGAUCUAUCUCAGGGUCCUUUCUAUUUCAACCACUGCCCUGGUUUUUCAAUUGCUUGGGAAAAUCGUGAAUUCCUUAUCUUAAACAUUAUGACGGGUGGAGUACCUUUGGCAUUGACAUACAGAGUAGUGUGUAAGGUAUCGACAGGUAUACUCUUAGAUAUAAGGUACUCAAAUAAGGGAGAAACAACUUAUUUUCAACCCAUGGCUGCUACUCAGACUGAAAGCACUACUAAAUGGGAUGAGGUGCAACUUCCAAAGCCAUGGACUCGUGCGUAAACCUGUGGCUUAAGAAAAAGAUUGAGAAUUUACACGAGAAGCUUCCAGAUGGCCGGAUCAUAUCGAGGUUCCAAUCGCUAGAAAAACAGAUGAUGAUGGGGGCUGGCGAUGAAUUCUUCACUGUUAACUUUAAGCUUUAAGCUGUAUUGCAUUGAAAGGUGUUGAUUCAAGUUUGAUUUCAGUUUUUGUACUAUUUUAAGUAGCCAGGUUUUAGUAAGCUCAAGAUACAGAUGUAAAUCUCUUAGAAAGAUUGUGAAGGAUGGAUUAGUAGUUGGAAUUGGUGUGUUUGUCCAAUUGCAGCCCCUUUAAUUUGUGUUUUGAGCAUGUAUCUCAAAGAAUUUGUAAAAUUUUACUAUAGAACUGAAAUUGAUUGCAUUUUUCAGUAGACUGGUAAUUCCAGUGUCAGUGAAAA